GUGACUCUGGAGCUGCACUGCUGAAGGAGAUGAGCAUUAUCAGGUAUCUUUCCUGGAUUUGUCGAUAAAAAGAGUCUUCAUCUGUAAACCAGUAUGGGGGAUUGGAACUUGUUAGGGAAGCUGCUGGAGAGUGCCCAGGAACACUCCACUGUUGUGGGCAAAGUCUGGCUGACAGUGCUGUUCAUCUUCCGAAUCCUGGUGCUGGGGACAGCCGCUGAGAAGGUCUGGGGCGAUGAGCAGUCCGGCUUCACGUGUGACACCAAGCAACCCGGUUGUCAGAAUGUCUGCUACGACAAGACCUUUCCCAUUUCUCACAUCCGCUUCUGGGUGAUGCAGAUCAUUUUUGUCUCAACGCCAACUCUUAUCUAUCUUGGCCACAUCCUUCAUCUGGUUCGCAUGGAGGAGAAGGAGAAACAGAAAGAGAAGGACCUCGCCUUGCAGAAUGAAAAGCAGCAGCAGUUACUUGGAAACAAGCCCAAGAAAGCGCCAAUUAAAGACAAUCAGGGGCACGUGCGCUUGCAAGGUGCACUCUUGAGAACCUAUGUCUUCAAUAUUGUGUUUAAGACCCUGUUUGAAGUGGCGUUUAUCGUAGCGCAAUACUUCCUGUAUGGUUUUGAGCUAAAGCCAAUGUACACCUGCGAUCGCUGGCCUUGCCCUAAUGUGGUGAACUGCUACAUUUCCCGACCCACUGAGAAGACAGUCUUCAUCCUCUUUAUGCUUGCUGUAGCCUGCAUCUCCUUGCUGCUAAACCUGGUGGAAAUGUAUCAUUUGGGUUUCACAAAGUGCCGUCAAGGCCUUCGUUACAGGCGAACCCAAGCUGCGUUGGAAGCUCCGAAAGCUCUAACUGAGACGGUCAUGCCCUUCGUCCCAAGCUAUAACUACUAUACUGGUCAUCCUGCAGUGCCUGAACCUUUCCCAACGGACUCAAAGUACAGCAUGGCAGAGCCAAACUCUGCUUACAGCCCUUACAACAGCAAAGUGGUUUACAAACAGAACAGAGACAACAUGGCUGUGGAGAGGAAAGGUAAAGCCGAGGGAGAUGAUGUGAAGGAGAGAAAAACUUCAUGCCCUGUCUUUGAGAUGCCUGUAGAAAAUCUGCGCAGAAACAGUCAGUCAAGCAAGCACAGCAAUAAUAAGAGCAGGCUGGAUGACCUAAAGAUCUAAGAAGGAGGAGCAAUACUGUGAAGACACUUGCAUAGGAGGAACUUGAAUGUUAGGGACAAAACUGUUGAGUAGAUGUAAAACAGAUUGCAGCUAGGGUUAAUUUAGUAAAGAUUGUAAAAAAAAAGUGUAGUGACAGAUUUUAAAAUCAGAACCAACAAAAAAUACACACUUUUUAAAAAUGGGAUUUAUUGAGUGGUCAUUAAAAACAGACUCUGAAAGGUCAUUCAAGAACAGCUUUGACAGUCUUACUUUCUCUUGAAUGAAGCUGAGAGAAAAAGAAGAGUAACAAAACUUAAAAGGCAUGGAUAAAUUGGUGAUGAAA